AGUACGUAUGUAAUUGGUUUUGCUUUUGUCGUUUUCAUUUUAAUUUUAGACACAAAAUCCACAAGCAUAUUUUUGACAGAAUGAUGAGACAUAUGCUAUGAGUCUCGAUGUAGAUGAAAUUUUAAAUAAGUUGUCGACGAAAUUUAACAAAAUAUUUUACGACCGCGAAUUCGUCUGUUGUGUAAACCAGGAUCUCCAAGUAGUAUUAAAAAAUAAAAAUUCAUGUUGUGUUGUUGUCUUCCCUGUAUUGGGACCAAACUAUCUAAAGGCAGUUCGGUAUCAAGCAAAGAUAUUUGAUCUGGCAGUUAUUACACUGGGUACAGGCAGAAAUCGUGCAAUCGCAGUAUGUCAGAAAGAAUUUUUAAAAAAAAACUCAAAUGAAGUAACUGAAACUACAAAAGUACAAAUAAUGCCCCAAAGUUCAACAGAAAGCAGCAUUAAAUUGAGGAAGAAAAGGCCCGAACGGCAGCUAUAUGUUCCCCCUGCGCAAAGAAGGCUACCUUUAAAUACAGAAGAAAUUCCAUGCAAUAGUGAAAAAUUCCAUAAUGUCAAAAACGAGGAUGUGAUAAACACGAAAAAGGAAACGUGUUCUAAAACCGUACACAAAAGCGGUUCGAAAGAAUUCGAAAAAAGCUAUAGUAAGCUUCGAAAUAAGCAGUGUAGUGCGGAUGCUAAAUAUAAACGAGAAUCUACUAGAGAGUUACCUGAAUUGUUAAAUAACGAGAGGUGUCGAGUUAUCGAAAGUGAAAAGCGAAUAUGCUUCGAUUAUUUAUUUUCAAUUAAUUACAUUUGUAUACUGUGGCAUUACCAAGUGGCUAAAAGUGAUCUGUUUUCAGGUCAAAAUUUUUUUAAAUCAACUCUUAAUUUUUGUGAACAGUUACCGUUAUAUAAUAGACCAUCUCGAUUAAAUAUUCUAUAUAUUUUACACAACAAUUAUGUUUUGUGGCAACCUAAAUUAAAUAUAUGUUCAAAAUGUGAUACCGUCUCGAGUGACAGUUCAAGAACAUAUCCGUUGUAUAAUUUCAAGGAGCUACCAUUAAUGCCUUGUGAGUGUGAAUUGCAAAAGAAAAUGCCAGUCCUUGGUUAUUACAGAGAUGACAAGUUGAAAACCAUUUAUAAAAAUGUUUUGAGAAAUUUCGAUGACCUGGAGCAUGCAGUUUUUAGAAUAUCGUGGGAUGAAAAUCGGUGUGUCAGUGAAAGUGAUGUUGUUGUGGAUUUGUCUGUAAUUAAUUGUGGCCAUAAUUUUAUUAUAAGCAGUGAAAAUGGGAGUAAUUAUUUUUACCAGUGUGGAGAAGUGCAUGAUAUUUGGAAAUGUUACUUGGAUAAAAAGAAAGACGUAUACAAUAGAAUCGUUUCUAGCUUUAAGGAUGAAAGCAAUUUACCAGUAGACCAAAAACUAACACCGUUAAUAAAUAAUACUGUUAUAGUCCUAGAAGAUAAAACUUUAGCAGAAAGGACGGAGGAUACAUCUAUCCUCACAGUAAAAAAAAAUAACAAUAAGAACACAUCGACUAAUACAAAUGUUACGAGAAAUGAUUUGAUCAAUAAUAUGACAAAUGAAUUAAUUAAAACUCCAAAAAAAUCUAGCGAGCACGAACAAGAGAAGGAAAUUAUGAGAAAAACCAAAGAACAUAUUAACAGAAAAUCCCGACCGAUAAUGAAAUAUGUUGAUGAUACCGUUGAUAUGUUGAAAAUUGAUAAAAAUGAUAAUGUUAACAAUUGGGAGGAGUUAUUCGAUGAUGACGGACAGUUGCAAGAUGACUUAUUUAAAGAGGUUGUGCACAAAGUAGGAUCAGACUUUACUAUUUUAAGAGCAAAGGAAGACUACUCGGAAUAUGUUACCAAACAGUCGGAAGAUUUAGAACACAUGGUCGAACUGUAUGAUUUUCCGCCUACAUUAGAAACACACGAUAUAAUUCAAGCUUUCAGUGUCAUUAACAGUGAAGCCAUGUACGUUAAAUGGGUCGAUGAUACGCAUGCUAUUCUUGUGCUGGGCUCUCUUAAACAAGCUCAGAGGGCUAUUGAAUUGGAUAAUCCACUGAUUAAAGUUCGACCGAUGACUGUGGCUAGCGGUGUAUCUCUAGAAAUGGCAUAUAAACAUGAUUUGAAGCCAGCCAUGAAGCGACCUCAAACCAACCUACAAACUGCUAGAAGACUUAUUACUACACAUUUAGGUACAAAAAGUAGAAUCAGCAAAGAACAAAACGCAAAAGAGAGAAAUGAUCUUAAGAUGGCAAAAGAACUGAAGAAAUUAGCAAAGAAAAAUGAACAAGACGCUUGGGAAGGCAAUUUACGAUCUGCUAUACAUUAGGAAACUAUUUUUUUUAAUUUUAAAUCAAAGGAACUGGUGCCUUAAUAUGUGGUUUUGAAAACCGUUAGUGUACCUUUUUAGUAUUAAGUCUUACUUUGUGAUUUUAUAUAUUUUAUUUAUUUAAAAAGAACUUUCCAAGUGGAAUGAGCAAAUUCAGUAAAAUGGAUAUAUUUAUUUUUACAAAAAUGUUUACAUUUUAUAGUCCAUAUGCCUUAGGCUACUUUUAGUCUCCUAUUUAUAUUUACAAAGGUAUUAGUUUUGUCUUGGUUUUGUUGAAUUUGCUGUUCUAAGAUGCCUCAUAUAUAGAAGAAAAAUGUUAUUAUGAAUUAUUGCUCCUAAUCAUACUUAAUUAUUCCAGGACAUGCAGAUAUGAAAAUAAUUUAAAUUCAUGGGAAUAAUUUCCGUGUUUAAAAAAACUAUUGAAAUAAAAAUCUGAUGUUAUGUAAAUCUAUAACACAAACAUGAGGGAACUGGUAACUAGAAAUUAAAAUAAUAACAGUCUAAUGCUGACUAAAAAGACAAUUUGUUAGUAAUCACAUUUAAAUUUAAAAAACUUUUGGGUAAUAUGGAAGCAGGGACGUAUUUCUAAAUUAUGCAUCCUGUUAGUAAAUGUAAGAUGUCGGCAAAACACCCAGAGGGAUGGCCCUUCAGAAGCCGCAGGCAAUUGCCCCUAUGCCCUUAGCCAAAAACGUCCCUGUAUCUAAGCAACAAUUGCUAAUUGAUAUAAAAACAUUUCUCGAGGAUCAUUUGGAUAAUCUAGUUCUCUCAAAUGUAAACAAGUACAGACCGACACAAAUAAGUUUGCGUCUGAGAUAACUCUGCCCACAAAUGUGCAGUAGACACAGCAAGGCAACUACAGAGCCGUUAUUCCAAACCGCUGCGCUUACAUCUUAUUCAAACCGAAUGCGUUGCGCAGCUCUGCCUGAAUCAGAAGCGCAAACUUAUUUAUGUUGGGCUGCACCAAAUGUACGCCUGAAAGUAGUGGAUGUUUAGAUUUAUCAAAACGCAAUAUUUUUAGAACCAAUAUUUUUUUGACAGAGUGCAAUAUUUAAAUAUAUAUAAUAUGUUUAUAUUUUUCUUGUACACCAACCUAUAUUAUGCAGAUACUUCUAUUUUUAUUAUAUUUUUCAAUAUAGUUAAAACUUUUAUUGUAUAUAAACACCUGCAAAGUACUUCGGGAAACAAUUUUAAUUUUUUUUGUCUUCACCCUCCGAAACAUCAUACCUCCUGAGGCUUAAAAUAAGAAACUGCUGUUGUAUGAAACUAUAAAUUUUAAUGUUAUUAAGUAUUUUUAAAAGGAAUAUUCUAAAACU